AUGGAUACUGAAGGAUGCACAGCCACUACUUCUUCUUCAACGUCACCCCCAAACUGCUCUGGGAAUACUAAUUUUAAGAUUAUCUCUCUAAAGAAGAGCUGUCACCAUAGUGGUCCUGAAGCCAACCGUCGCCAAACACCCAGUGGUGUUGUGAGAAAUCCCCUUGGCCGGGGCUGUCCACCUACUCCUUGCCUUGGUCACAUUCCUAUCUACCUGAUAAGGAACCACAGUGGCGGCCCCUCACUGGAUGACUGCAGCAUCAACAGUCAUGAGAAGGAGACCAUGCGGAUCUUGAACGACCGCCUUGCCAACUACUUGGAAAAGGUACGAAUGCUGGAACGAGAGAAUGGCGAGCUGGAAAGGAGAAUCCAGGAGGAGUGCAGCAAGGAGCCCCCUGACCCGUGUCCUGACUAUCAGUCCUACUAUGCCACCGUCGAACAACUACAGCAGAAGAUCUUGUGUACCAAGGCUGAGAAUUCCAGACUGGUCUCACAAAUUGACAACACCAAACUGGCUGCAGAUGACUUGAGAGCCAAUUAUGAAGCUGAGGUGUCCCUGCGCCAGCUGGUGGAGGCCGAUGCCAAUGGCCUGCAGCAGAUUCUGGAUGUACUGACCCUGAGCAAGGCUGACCUGGAGGCGCGAGUCCAGUCUCUGAAGGAGGAGCUCCUCUGCCUCAAAACCAACCAUGAACAGGAAACCAACUCCUUACAGGGCCAGCUGGGGGACCGAAUCAACAUCGAAGUAACUGCUGCCCCUGCUGUUGACCUAAAUGAGACUCUACAGCAAAUGAGAUGUCAGUAUGAGUCCAUCAUGGAAACAAAUCGUAAAGACGUGGAACAGUGGUUCAACACACAGAUGGAGGAGCUGAAUGAACAAGUGGUGACCAGCUCUCGGCAGCAGCAGUGCUGCCAGGAGGAAGUCGUAGGACUGAGACGCACCAUGAGCGCCCUGGAGGUCGAACUGCAGGCCCAGCAUCGAAUGAGAGAUUCCCAGGAAAGCAUCCUGACAGAGACGGAGGCGCGCUACGCCACCCUGCUGGCCCAGACCCAGAGCCUGAUCCACAACCUGGAAGCUCAGCUGGCAGAGAUCCGCAGCGCCCUGCAAAAGCAGAACCAGGAGUAUGAGGUCCUACUGGACCUCAAGUCCAGGCUGGAGUGUGAAAUUGCCACAUACCGAGGCCUUCUGGAGAGCUCAGACGACACGCUUCCGUGUAAUCCAUGUGCCACCAGAUGUGGGCUGUCCGCAGGUACACCCUGUACGGCCGGAGCCAUGGAACACGCAGUCGCAGGGCACUCCUCCUCCGUGCUCCCUGCGACUCAUGAGCCCUGCAGUGCUUCGGGACUCCCGUCCCAGAUACUGGUUAAAAUUCACACCAUCACCAAGGAGAUCAAGGACGGGAAGGUCAUUUCUUCUUACGAGCACGUGCAACCUUGCUACAUCCCCAGAUCUACCAAAGUCUAA